CUGCGCGGCCGCGACCCAGCGGAGCGGAGCGGAGCGGGAGGGAGGGAGCAUCCCUGAGAGCCCGCGAUGCCCGGCACCGGGCGCUGGUGCUGCCGCCUGCUCACGCUGCUCUGCCUCCUCCCCUGCCCGUGGGCAGGCCGGAAUGCUGCGGGAUCCGCGCUCUCCGCAGCCUCCUUCCUGCAGGAUCUGCUCCAGCGCUACGGGGAGAGCGAAGCCCUGAGCCUGAAGCAGCUCAAGGCCCUGCUGAACCGCCUGGAUGUGGGAGUGGGGCACGGCAACGCCUCGGAGCGGCGCGGGAACCUCUCCCGGUGCUUCAGCUCCGCGGAGCUUUUCGCCAUCCACAACCUGAGCGAGGGCUCAGCCGUGAGGCGCAGCGAGUUCCAGGAGUUCUGCCCCACCAUCCUGCAGCAGCUGGAGUCGGGAGCCUGCGCCUCCGAGAACAUGGAGAAUGAGGAGGACGAGCAGACGGAGGAGGGCAGGCCCAGCUCGGCCGAGGUCUGGGGUUACGGGUUGCUCUGCGUGACCGUCAUCUCGCUCUGCUCGCUGGUGGGAGCCAGCGUGGUGCCCUUCAUGAAGAAGACCUUUUACAAGCGGCUGCUCCUCUACUUCAUAGCUCUGGCGAUUGGAACUCUCUACUCCAACGCCCUCUUCCAGCUCAUUCCCGAGGCGUUUGGAUUCAACCCUCAAGAGGAUUACUACGUCUCCAAGUCUGCUGUGGUGUUCGGGGGCUUCUACCUCUUCUUCUUCACAGAGAAGGUGCUGAAGAUGCUGCUGAAGCAGAAGGACCAGCACCACCACGGGCACAGCCACUACGGCCCCGAGGCUCUGCCCUCCAAGAAGGACCAGGAGGAGGGAGUCACGGAGAAGCUGCAGAACGGGGACCUGGACCAUAUGAUCCCGCAUAUAACCAGCGAGCUGGAGUGCAAGAGCCCCUCCGGGGAUGAGAAGGUUGUGGUGGGCUCCCUCUCGGUCCAGGACCUGCAGGCCUCGCAGAGCGCGUGCUACUGGCUGAAGGAGGUGCGCUACUCCGACAUCGGCACCCUGGCCUGGAUGAUCACCCUCAGCGACGGGCUCCACAACUUCAUCGACGGGCUGGCCAUCGGCGCCUCCUUCACCGUGUCCGUCUUCCAGGGGAUCAGCACCUCCGUGGCCAUCCUCUGCGAGGAGUUCCCGCACGAGCUGGGGGACUUUGUCAUCCUGCUCAACGCGGGCAUGACCAUCCGCCAAGCGCUCUUCUUCAACUUCGUCUCUGCCUGCUGCUGCUACGUGGGCCUGGCCUUCGGCAUCGUGGCCGGCAGCCACUUCUCUGCCAACUGGAUCUUCGCUCUGGCGGGAGGGAUGUUCCUCUACAUAGCGCUGGCUGACAUGUUCCCCGAGAUGAACGAGGUGAGCCGGGAGGACGAGCACAACGGCAGCGCGCUCAUCACCUUCGCCAUCCAGAACGCGGGGCUGCUCACGGGCUUCACCAUCAUGGUGCUGCUCACCAUGUACUCUGGCCAGAUCCAGAUCGGGUAGGACCAGCCCGGCCACGGCCCUGCUCCACAGAGUCCAUUUUGGGGUUGUUUUUUUUGGGGGGAAGGGGUAUUUCGGGGGGGGGGUUCCUUUCCUUUUCCUGCUGCAAGCAUUCGACGGUACCUGUGCGGGCACUGGCAUCACACUACAGAAGAAGAGGCAUUGCUGUUCAAGCUAUUCCAUAGACUUUAUUUUGGUUUAAGGCCGAGGGGAGCUUCAUCCCCUCUCCCAUAGGACCGAACUGACCAGAGGAAUCUUUCCAGUGUCACAUCCCUCCUCUCCUCACAUCUCCUGGGAAGGAUGGAGUUGGGAGGCAGGAGCCGUGCUGCUCCCCUCCUCAUGCUCAGAGCGCUGUGAUGGGAUGUGACGCUUCCCUUGAGCCCUUUGUCAAGGCGGACAGACCCUUGUGGGAGACUUCCCUGCGGGCCGUGCAGAGCUGUGCCCAACGCGCGGGGGCUGCUGAGGAAGAGGAGGUUCGAGCAGCGUUUGAGCAUCGUCCCCGCUGCCUUCAGAAGCGUGUCUCUGGAGCCACGUCUGGAUUUGCCCCCGUUCUGCCCCAGCAGCACAGAUGAUGCCCUGGGAAGAGCAGGGUGAAGAGGGGUCUCUUGUCUAAAGCACAUCCUGGGUGUCAGUGCUCGGAGCAGAGGGCACCAAACCGCGGCUCGUGUGGGUCGGACUGACACGUGGGGCAGGAUGCCCCCAGCUCCCUGCUGCUGUAUGGGGGGGAAAAACCUUCUCCUGGGAGAGCAGCCGUGUGGUGGUGCUAGAGAGGAGGAGGUGGAAGCAGUGUGGGACGAGCCGCGAUGGGGAUCCUCUUCCUGGCCACGGGCUCCCAGCCAGGGGAUGGGUCCCUGCCUGUGCCCAAGCCCACAGUGGGAACAGACACCCGUGUUCCAGCGCUGCGGCGUGCCUGAGGUUCGGGGUGGGGUGGGGGGGUUGUAACAAACUGAACCUCUUUAGGUUGUGUGUUUCCAGCCUUAGGGAGCAGGGUCCCAGGCGCUUCCCAGCUCUGCCGCUGGGCUGGUUUCCCCAGAUUCACUGCGUGAAUGGACUUAUUAUCAUAUUGA